UGACGGUUGUGGGUAGACCUCACGCCGCAUUUCGAUCGCAGUACGUCCGGAGCAUUUAUAGCUGCAACCUCACAGUCCCUUCGUUCAGUCAUAUGACGUGCGGGUUCUAAGAAUCUGUUCUGGUAAGACUUCAGUUCUUGGAGUGAAAGAGAGCAGUCGAUCUAGACCAGUUCUCUAGACAAGCGGCAAUUUAUACAAGGAAAGAAGACGUUAGAUACUGUCCAAGUGUUGUGAAAGAGUUUGUAUCGAGGAAGAAAGUGAUGGCAUUUGAGCUCGCUCAAGCGUUGUUUGACAAUGUGGGAGAUGACAUCGCUGGUGAUGAACUGAGUUUCCGUCGUGGCGACAUUGUCACGGUUCUGGAGAAGGAUUAUCAAGGGUUAGAGGGAUGGUGGCUCUGCAGCUUGCGCGGCCGCACCGCGAUGGCACCAGGAAAUUACUUUGCUGUAUUACCGCAAGAACAGCAACAACAGUUGAUUUCUGCAGCUCGAGUACAGCAGCAAAAACAGGCUCAAGCCACUUGGUCUCCAACAGAGAUUUAUGACACUCCGGCUAAGAAUAAUCCUCGAACAAAUGGCCAGAUCUCUGCUACUUUGCCACACAGCUUUAAACCAACUGGAGGUGGUUUUCAGACAAGUUCACCAGAACGUCGACUCUCUCCUACCUACAGCAGUAUCGAUCAACCCGAAGUGUAUGAUGUACCACCCAGCCAAAGACAUUCGUUGCCGGCAAUCCUGGACACUGAUGAAGAUGUCGAUCCUCCUUAUGAUGAGCCCGAGUUUAGUGGUGAUGAGGAGUAUGAGCCAAAAGAGUUGAUGGUCACAGCUGCAGCUGCAUUGAAAACCCUUGUGCAAAUUCAACAUCGAAUCGAACCGAGUGUUAAGAAACUCAAUGGUUUUGUGAUGAAACAUUGGUUGAAGGCAGAGACAUUAAAAGAGAAAGUUGCCAGUAUUCUACCAAUCAGUGAGGAGCUUGUUGAUGCACUGGGAGAGCUUACUCACUUUUGUGCUGAUCUGGCAGUAAAUGCUGAGAAGGCAACUGACCCUAAUCUACAUCGUAAACUGGAAAAUCUUGGACGACCUCUAGAUGAGGCAAAAGUGAAUGUGAGACAAGUGGUAAAGGGUCUCAACAGCAGUCGAGCAAAGAUUCCUGACUUACAAGAGCAUCUUCAGAGCUUGGUCUCUGCCUGCAUGAGUCUCCCACAACAUUUAAGAGACUUCAUUGGUUGUGUGAGGGGUAAUAGUACUUUACUCUUUCAACAACAGUCGGAUGGCACCGAGACACCCGACUAUGGUCUUACUCCAAGAUCAUCUUUUCGUGGAUCUGCAGAAAUUCUUAACACGUCUGGGACAGGUGCCCUUUCAUUUCUACAAUCCGGUCUCGACUCAUCGACAUCUCCUAGUGUUAGCAUGGAAAGCAUCUCAGACCUUUCUCUAUCAUCGAAAAGAAACUCGACUACUAUUGACAUGCAGACGUCUCCUGGACACAGUCCUCCACCCGGGAAGAGAUCAUUCAUGCGGAAGAGUCCAGGCUCAGCUAUUGAUGAAGUGGAUGUCAGUGAUGAAGAGCCACCUCCUCUGCCUCCUGCAAGACAGACACCAGUCAAGAAGAAGGCACUGGUCACUGUCGACAUCAAAGAAGGGCAAUUAAAUCAGUCUGAGAAGGCUCUUUUAAGUUACUAUUCUGUUCAUAUGCAGACCAUGUUUCCUGAGUUGAAGCUAGCUGUUGAGUCUCUCUGUGGAUGCGCCAAAGAGGAGCCAAGGAAGUUUGUACCAAGAGCCAAACUUAUUAUCAUUUCAUCCUACAAGUUUGUCUAUGUGGCUGAUGCAUUGUUUCAGAAGAUAGUACAUGUUGCUCUACGAAAUCAUGUAGUCAAUUGCAGUAACAAACUAUCAGAUGUCAUCAAACAAGUCGUUGAAGACACCAAGAAGGCUGCAACUAACCAUCCCUCAGAAGAUGCAGUCAAGAGAAUGUUAGAUAGCGUGCAACUCGUCCCUGAUGCAGCAAGAGCACUCGUUGAUUCGGUGAAGGAAGGAUCAGAAUUUUAGCAGGACUGACUUUAUUCACGGUUGUGUUGAAAUGUUUUUAAUUUUGAUUGCUUGUAGAUUCUUACUAGUAAUUGCUCUGGCAUACUUACUGACAGUUCCAGGUGAUGUUUAAUUGUAAUUAAUAAUAGUUAAGUUCUGUUUGACCAAUAUAUAUCAUGGUGGGCAAA